GCCCACGCCGGGGGCUGGCGGGGGCUGGGGGAUAUAAAGCUGAGCCCGACACUUCCAUGAGAAUCCAGGGAGGCUCCAGCACCGGGAACAUGGGACACCCUUGGCUCUGCCUGCUCUGCCUGCUGGGCUCUGGCCUCAUCCUGCUGGGCACCCCCGAGCCAGUGCCGGGGGUCCUUCCCCCCCUGAGCCUGCCCGGGCAGAGCCGGGAGGAGACGGAGCUGGUGGAGGUGCUGCAGGAGGUGCUGGAGAAGCUCGGGACCAGGGAUCCGCCGGCGCUGGAGAAGAGGCUGAGCUGGGUGCCCUCGUGCGAGCCCGGGGAGCCGUGCGCGGUGCGGCGCGGGGCGCGCAUCGGGAAGCUCUGCAGCUGCCCCCGCGGCACCUCCUGCAACCUCUUCAUCCUCAAGUGCUCCUGA